GGAGGGGGGGGGGGUCUGGGAGGGAGAAGGGAGGGGUGUAUAUAAAGGGAGGCCAACGGGCAUUCGCAAUCCCACGGUCUGCCUGUGCUUCAUCACCAGCUGCCUUCAACCCACAGCGAGCCUGCAGCCAUGACGUUCAACGGAACCUGGAAGGUCGACCGCAGCGACAACUAUGACAAGUUCAUGGAGCAAAUGGGUAUUAAUAUCAUGAAGCGAAAGCUGGCAGAGCACGACAACCUGAAGAUGACCAUCGAGCAGACCGGGGACAACUUCCACAUCAAAGAGUCCAGCACCUUCCGCACUAAAGACAUCGACUUCACCCUGGGCGUCCCGUUCGACUACAGCCUGGCCGACGGCACUGAAGUCUCAGGUACGUGGGAGAUGGAGGGUGACAUGCUGAAAGGCAAAUUCACCAGGAAAGACAACAGCAAGGUCCUGACCACCACUAGGGCUCUGGUGGGAGGAGAGCUCGUACAGAGUUACAACUAUGAGGGAGUGGAUGCCAAGAGGAUUUUCAAGAAGCAGUAACCUUGUGUCUUAAGUUCAUAUUUUUUAUUUUUAUCUAGAUGACACAUAGAUCUGUAUUGUUGUUUUUUCUAACAAUGAGACAUGGCUAAGUCAAGUGUGUUCUACGUCAGACACCUCACAAAUGUGGUAACAUUUUCCAGAGUGCUGAGAGAGGAAUAGCUUUCCGAAGCGUCCCACUGUAAGUAGCGAUGUAAAAAUGUCUGGAAAACGAAAUGGCUUGAAGCGAACCUAGAAAAAUAAACAGGUAAUGAUUGUUCGACUUGACGAUAUCCUACUUAACUACAUGCAGCUGGGCAGGCAGGUGGACAAAAUCAGAUAAUCAACUGAAGUAUUCAGUGUGAGGGAUGACGACGCCUAAAGGAGAGUAUAACAGAAAAUCCGUCACCAUGUCAGUGGAAUGUGCCUUAAUCUUAGCAACCAGUCUGCCAGAAGUGGCCAAAGUCUCUUGUGGUAUCUAGCCAUGCAGAUAGUUUGGGUUUUUGGGUUUUUCUCUGCCAAUAUUUUUAUAUAAUUGUCUCUGAGAUGUAUAUUGCCACCCUACUACAAAAGAGGAGAACGGAAUUUUGUUUGUGUUUCUCCCUGCAUUGAAAGGUGUCAUUUAAAAAAAAAAUUCAACAGCGGCUUUUGUCUUUUCAGAAGCCAUGACCCAGUUACUCAUGAUAAUCCACAGAGCACGUUGCCAACAGUUUCCAGAGGGAACUACUUCAUUGGUACGAUGUAGUUCCAAUGAAAGCCGUCCUUGUGUUUGUGGAUUAUCCAAGGCAACCGGUGCUUUGUUUCUGGAGAUGCAUGCUACUGUUGAAAUGUAAUUUUCAACACUGUGAGCAAUACCAAAGGAAAUUCUUCCACCUCUACGGUGUUAGGGUGGACGCAUGAAUCUUAGACAUGAAUACCUCAAAAUCUGGGCGAAAAAAUGCCAUAAAUAUCAGCAUGAUUAGUUCCAGCUGGAGUAAGGAUGGACCACAGCUACUUAAACUUGACUUCACCGUGCUUUUAACUGCAUCAAAACAACCCCAUCUAAUCCCACACUGGACUGCAUCCUUGUGAUGGGAAGCAGUACACCAUGACAUAAUGUAUUAAUGGUUCUUAUAUAUUGUAUUGUCUGUAACAAUUAAACAAUUUUCAU